GACUACACUACAAAAAACAUGUGCUCUAGCAGAUGUUGCUCUACCGGAUGCUGCUCCAUCGUGGAGAACAGAACAGUGUGCUGCAGCCAGCCAUGCCAGAAGAACAUCUGCUGCGACCCGUGCCAGAAGACCAUCUGCUGCAGCCCAUGCCAGCAGUCCUGCUGCUGCGACCCAUGCCAGAAGCCCUGCUGUGAUCCCUGCCAGCAGUCUGUCUGCUGUGACCCGUGCCAGAAGCCCUGCUGUGACCCCUGCCAGCAGUCCUGCUGUGACCCCUGCCAGCAGUCCUGCUGCGACCCGUGCCAGAAGCCCUGCUGUGACCCAUGCCAGAAGCCCUGCUGUGACCCCUGCCAGCAGUCCUGCUGCGACCCGUGCCAGAAGCCCUGCUGCGACCCGUGCCAGAAGCCCUGCUGUGACCCCUGCCAGCAGUCCUGCUGCGACCCGUGCCAGAAGCCCUGCUGUGACCCGUGCCAGAAGCCCUGCUGUGACCCCUGCCAGCAGUCCUGCUGCGACCCGUGCCAGAAGCCCUGCUGUGACCCAUGCCAGAAGCCCUGCUGUGACCCAUGCCAGCAGUCCUGCUGUGACCCGUGCCAGAAGCCCUGCUGCGACCCGUGCCAGCAGUCCGUCUGCUGUGACCCAUGCCAGAAGCCCUGCUGUGACCCGUGCCAGCAGCCCAUCUGCUGUACCAAGGUGUGCCAGAAGUCCUGCUGCUGCUGUGGCCAGCAACCCUGCUACUCCUGUGGCUGCCGCCCCUGCUGCUGCUCUGGAUGUCUGUCUUGCUGCUCCUACAUGGUGAAGAAGCCCGUUGUGGUGUGUUGCAGCCCCAUGCAAAACUGCUCUCCCAUGAGGAAGUAUUGCAUACCCAUCCAGCAGUGCUGUACCACAAUCAAGAAGUGUUGCUGAGCCAACUCUGGGUAGCAAAAGCAGCUCUGCUGGCUCCCAUCUCUGGCGUGCAUCAAGAACAGGCACAAGGAGAUGAAAACCUGCUCAUUUGCUUCUGGUUCACAUGACAAUGGAGUAAAUGCCUAGUGAUUCUCUUCUUGUUUUCAAACUUAAGCUGUCUUCUUUCUGUCCUUUAAUUAUUGAACAUCUGCAAUGCACUUGAAUAUAUCAACCAUUGUAUAAGGCAAAGAGCUAUUAGAUAUUAGUGGGGCUGUUAAUUCUCUCCUUGGUGUAUGGGACUUGGGACACCUUUGCUGUUAACCUGAUCAUUCUUCAUUUUCUCUCGUGACUUGUAGACAAUAAAACUUAGCAUUAAGCAAAACGCAAAA